UUCGGGUCAGUGCUAGAGAGCACUUCACAGUUCUUUCCGGUUCUCAAGCUUAAAAAAAUACCAUGUUUGUACAACUUAAAGUCACAAUCGUUAUAGUUUUAGGUUUCAUGACAACAAUGUUGAUUUGCAACGUGAGUGCAGCUUGCAUUAAUACGGAGAACAUAUGCAAGAAGCUUUCUUGUCCCGCUGCGAAGGAAACCAGUUGUGGCAACACUUGUUGUUUCAUAAAUGAUUCUACUGUCGCAUUUCAGGUUACUAAUUUUGAUCCAGAAAUAGAAUAUCUGGGGUCCUUAUUGAUAAUCAACCAAACACUGUUCAAAGUUUCCCUUCAGCAAAACAUUGAAAAUGCGACAUUAAAAUGCAUUGCCCGGAUAUGCUGCAACAAGACUCUGAAUCAAAUGACUAACUUCACAUAUGGGAAGCUAAACAGUCUUUCAGAUAGCUUUGAAGUUCAACUUGAGCUUCAAACUGAUAUAAUCUUCGUGUUUAGCAUACGAAACGUUUCGUUAGAAGCCUUUCCGUGCUUCAGAUGGGACGACUACAGGCAACUUAAUGGUACUUGCGCGAGUAUUUCAUCAACAAAUCCUGGAGUCAACCUCACCGGAACAAAAUUCCGAAAUAAAAAAACAGCAGAAACAUAUCAUCUUCUGACAUAUUGUGUGGUAGUGACAUUCUUGCUGCUGGAAGUUUUGUUUUGUGCGGUAUUAUAUCUUUGUUUGAUGGAAAAACGCGGACGCACGAAAGAAGUAGGAAACACCGUGGGUAACCCUAUCUAUCAGCGAGGUCUGCAGGUUUUGGAAUUUGCGCCAGACGACGCAUUAAGCCCAACUCAAGACUCGUACCAGCCACUUGUCGAAAACACAAGGGAACCUGGAGCGAGUAAGGAAUAUCAAGAUCUGGAGAACGAAGAAGGAUGUGAUGAGAGGAAAGGUGUUUCUGUAGACCAAGAAGGCUACGAAGGUCUUGUUCGGAACCAGACACAUAAGUACCAAGGUUUAGACCAGGAUAAAAAACACAUGAAGGAUCAAAGAAAAUCCGAUGACCUCAACCCGAAAAACUUGAGGCAGUGUGUCUCAAGUCCUUCAGAAACUGAUCAAUGUUAUUCGGUUAGUUCCCAACCCCCAAGAAGCCCUCUCGGUUCGCAACUGAAUGUGACGCAAUCAGUAAUUCCACUUCGACUUGACGCAUCUCCCUUCUCCCCUAAUAAGUACCAAGCAGGCGCUUCAAGUCAUUUCGAUAAGUCCUCGAGUAUGCCAUUGUACUACGUCUUGGAGAGCUCGGGGACCACGGCUGAAAAGGGACCUGCCUGCAUCAACACGCACCCAAAAGGAUCCAACACGGUUCCUCUACAGAUGCGAGGCGUCAUCGAAGAACUUAAGGCUGCAACUACUCGCACGACUGUCGAGGUUGACAGCACUAAAAAGGAACCGAUUUAUUACGUCCUAGAGCGACCAAAUCCUACACCAGAAUCUGGGGUGGACCAUAUGCAUAAAGUUAUAGGCGAGCUAAAGAGUCUCAACGUAGCUGGCCAAAGAGGGGAAUAUUCAAAUGAAUGUAGCGCAGUUCCACUGGAUGAUGAUGUCUUUGAAGACCCAAAGGACUAGAAAGAUAAAAUUGCAAGAGACGAAUUCUUGUAAUUUUUAUUGUCCAGUAAUUCGAAAUUCAAUCAUGAGAACUUGACUGUGCGUUAGAGCGCUUUUCUAAAGGCGUAUAGCAGAAGGUAUAAGAAAGGCCGGUGCUCGAAACGUCAGCUUAAGUAAUUCUUUACAUUAUUAACUCCUUUGAUGAAACCAAAUCGUCUUGAUUAUAUACCCCUGACAGACGCAGCGCCACAGCUUCCCUAGAAACUUACGGCCUCCUUUUCUAAAGUUCAAAUGACGAUUUUGUAACGCAACACCUCUCGAUAGCAAGCUUUACGUUCGCGUUAGUUUCGAAAGAUGGGGCAGGGGUGCCCGCGUCAAUAUAUCUAUCAGUUUAUCAUACAUUAAAAGAUGGGUACCAUACAAAAAAAAUAUGACAUAAAUACGAUAAAACACAAAAUAUUGAUCAUAUUGUAAAUUUCCUAAUAUUGACGAGUCACUAUUAUUUGAAAAUAACUCGAUAUUAAAUUGCGACAACAUUUAAACUGUAAAA